AUGAGGUAUGCAGCAUACAAGAGCUAUGUCUCCGCAUUCGUGGGCCUCUUCGUGGACGAGCCGGGCAUCCUGGGCUGGGAACUUGCGAACGAGCCGUCCACUGGUUUCUUGACAAAAGAUUGCACCACGGCGACGAACACGACAUGGGUAGAGGAGAUAUUGGCGUACAUCAAGUCCAUCGAUAGCAACCACCUCGUAGGCUGGGCGACGAGGAAUCCUACAACUUCCCUGGUGCGACGGACUGGCCUUAUGCAGGUGGUGAAGGAAUAG